AUGGUGUUGUGGGAGAUUACACUUGCCACUGCCUAUGUUUUGGGUCUCAAGCGAACCUACAGGCUCGCCCUCAGAACUCAGCGUAGGGUCCUAGCCCCUAAGAUCCGUCAAUUUGUUCACCGACGAACACGGGCUGUAUUUGAUGUAGUACUAAAAGUUAACCAGAAAAUUCAAGAAAGAGACAUGGCUGUGGGUCGAAAUAUGGGAAACUACAUCUUGCAGUGGCUGAAUAAAAUGAAACCAUUGGCUCAGAUUCAGGGUGGAUCACCCUCCAAUGGUGCUAUUUGUCCAAAUUUAAGAAUGAAAAAGCUUGCAUCAAGUAUUUCCAACAGCAAAGCUUCUAGUUACUAUCGAUUAUUCAAGAGGGACUCAGGUAAACAAUACACCUGGUUCCAACAACAAUGCGUAUGGUCAAAGCCUUUCCCUUCUAUUGUAAAGAUGAUGCGGCCUCCAAAUCUUGCUGGGACUACCACCCAUUGCAGACACCUCAGUAUGAAUGCUUGUGAUGCUCUUGGGUCAAACCAUAGAGUACAUUGGCAAGAUGAUGUUAUUAGGAAGGAUAUCAUGCAAUGGAUGUUAAGAAACUAA